AUGGGCAAUGGCCCCAAUGGCUCGCGGCUCGAGGACUGCGAGACUCGACAGUGGCUCCCCUCGGGCGAAAGCCCAGCCAUCAGCUCCGUGAUGUUCUCGGCCGGGGUGCUGGGGAACCUCAUAGCUCUGGCCCUGCUGGCGCGCCGCUGGCGGGGGGACGCGGGGCGCAGCGCCGGCCGCAAGAACUCCAUCUCCUUGUUCCACGUGCUUGUGACCGAGCUGGUGUUCACCGACCUGCUCGGGACCUGCCUCAUCAGCCCCGUGGUGCUGGCUUCGUAUGCACGGAACCAGACCCUGGUGGCACUGGCGCCCGAGAGCCGCGCGUGCACCUACUUCGCUUUCACCAUGACCUUCUUCAGCCUGGCCACCAUGCUUAUGCUCUUCGCCAUGGCCCUGGAGCGCUACCUAUCCCUCGGGCACCCCUACUUCUACCAGCGCCACGUCACGCACCGCAGGGGCCUGGUCGUGCUGCCUGCCAUCUAUGCCGCCUCCCUGCUCUUUUGCUCCCUGCCGCUGCUGGACUAUGGGCAGUACGUCCAGUACUGCCCCGGGACGUGGUGCUUCAUCCGGCAAGGACGCACCGCUUACCUGCAGCUCUACGCCACCCUGCUGCUGCUGCUCAUCGUCGCGGUGCUCGCCUGCAACUUCAGUGUCAUCGUCAACCUCAUCCGCAUGCACCGCCGAGGCAGGAGAAGCCGCUGCACACCCUCCUCGGACAGAGGCAAGGGCGGCCUCGGGGCCCGCAGGAGAGGGGUGUGCAUGGCUGAGGAGACGGACCACCUCAUCCUCCUGGCCAUUAUGACCAUCACCUUCGCCGUCUGCUCCUUGCCUUUCACAAUUUUUGCAUAUAUGAAUGAAACCUUUUCCCGAAAGAAAAAGUGGGACCUCCAAGCUCUUAGAUUUUUAUCAAUUAAUUCAAUAAUUGACCCUUGGGUCUUUGCCAUCCUUAGGCCUCCUGUUCUGAGACUAAUGCGUUCAGUCCUCUGUUGUCGGAUUUCAUUAAGAACACAAGAUGCAACACAAACUUCCUGUUAACAAUCAAAUGCCAGUAAACAAGCUGACCUUUGUGGACAGUAG